CCUCUCCGCUCCUGUCCUCUCCUCCUGCUGCUCCAGCAGCAACACUCCAGCCGAGCAGCUCAACUACUAACAUGGCGCUCUGUACGGCUGGAGUUCCGUUGUCUUCUCCGCCUUUUCUCUCUCGCUUGGUUUUACUUUAGUAUCUAACAGAGGUUUGUUUAUUCCUCCCUCUGCGUCCCCGUGACUCAAACACAUAUUAUUUAGACGACCGUGUUUGUCGGCGUAACACUCUCUGCUAAGUGGGUAAAAUAUUCCGGGGCUCGGCUGCUAACUUACCGCUAGCAAGGAGGCAGAAACUGGGAAAAACAGAACAAACCGAGGAGGAGUCCUGUUCUGGAAGAGCUGAUGCGAAUGCCAUGGCCACAGCCGAGGCAUGGCAGUGACGUGACGGCCCCUGAGCUGCUUCCGAACAGAAACCUCGUCAGCUAUCAUGUCCUUCUGAAGUGAAGGCACAUCGCACAGAGUAUGGAUGAGUCCAUUUUACUGGAUCUACUCGAGUGCCCUGUGUGUCUGGAGCGCCUGGACGCCUCGGCGAAGGUUCUUCCCUGUCAGCACACCUUCUGCCGUCGAUGUCUCCAGGGCAUCCUGGGUUCGCGCGGGGAGCUGCGCUGCCCCGAGUGCCGGACGCUGGUGGAUUGCGCCGUGGACGAACUGCCGAGCAACAUCCUCCUCGUGCGCCUUUUGGAUGGCAUCAAGCAGAGGCCUCGAGCCUCCGCGUCCGCCGGAGGCGUCUGCGCCAACGGCACGUCCGGAGCCGUGGCCCGGGCGCAUGGGAGCGGAACCAGGGACCCGGGCGCUCCGGGUUUGCAGCCCCAACGCACCCAGGCAAAGAGCACUGCCGUCCGGGGAAUGCCCCAGCUUCCCUGUGCCAAGGCGCUGUACAACUAUGACGGCAAAGAACCUGGAGACCUCAAAUUCAGCAAAGGCGACAUAAUCAUCCUGCGCCGGCAAGUGGAUGAGAACUGGUACCACGGCGAGAUGGGCGGAGUCCACGGCUUCUUCCCCACUAACUUCGUCCAGGUCAUCAAGCCUCUGCCGCAGCCGCCGCCUCAGUGCAAAGCUCUGUACGACUUUGAACUGAAAGACAAAGAGGCCGACAAGGACUGCCUGCCCUUCUGUAAGGAUGAUAUCCUGACCGUGAUCCGCAGAGUUGAUGAAAACUGGGCUGAGGGAAUGCUGGGAGAUAAAAUUGGAAUUUUCCCCAUCUCAUACGUGGAGUUCAACUCUGCAGCCCGCCAGCUCAUAGAGUUGGACAAGCCAUCCGACUCCAGUGGAGAGUCCAUUGAAGGGGCCUCCCUGGGACCCCAGAGCAACGGCGCCCAGCGACCAGGGGAGAAGAAGAACACCAAGAAACGACAUUCCUUCACUUCUCUCACCAUGUCCCACAAACCCAUGCUCGCUCCCCCGCCACAGCGCCACUCCAUGGAGAUUAGCGGCCCGGUCCUCAUCAGCUCCAGCAACCCCACCGCAGCCGCCCGGAUCGGAGAGAUCAGCGGGGGGCUUUCCUGCAGCGCACCUUCACAGGUACAUAUUUGCACAACGGGACUAAUAGUGACCCCACCCCCUAGCAGUCCGGUUACCACAGCAACGGUCUUCACGUUUCCUUCAGAGACGAGCUACACCUCCAUCGCUUUGGAUGCUCUUCCUCCGCCGCCUCCUCCUCCUCCUCAGUCCCCGGUCAGUGGAGCGGCGUAUUCCCUCGCUGCCGGACAGAGACCCUCCCCCAGCAUAAGUGACCAAAGUGGCAGACAAAGACCCACAGUCUAUGUGGCCAUGUUCCCAUACACCCCCCGAAAGGAAGAUGAGCUGGAGCUGAGGAAAGGAGAGAUGUUUUUAGUGCUGGAACGCUGUCAGGACGGCUGGUUCAAGGGCACCUCGAUGCACACUGGAAAGAUUGGAGUCUUCCCUGGAAACUACAUGAGCCCAGUCAGCAGGACGGCGUCUGGAAGCUCCCAACCCAAAGUGCCCAUGAGUCUGUGCACUCAGGCUGGCAGAGGAGUCACCAUCGUCAGUCCUUCCUCUGCUCCCCUCGGGGCUAUUGUUCCUGGGCCUGAUUUCAACAAACCCCUCCCUGCGUGCUCCACAGCUGCGUCUGCCUGCUCCCCACCUGCAGCUGUAACAUCAGCCCAGACGGCCACAGGCCAGCAGCCAAAGGUUCCCCUGCACGUCAACUCGCAGAUGACUGUGAAUCAGGCUCGCAACGCUGUCAGAACAGCAACAUGUCACAGUCAGGACAGACCCACGGCUGCAGUGACGCCCAUCCAGUCUGUGACUUACCUCCCACACGCCGCCAUUUGCCCCCAGUCCUCCACCAAUCCCGCUCAAGGCUGUAGCCGGGUGGGGGUGGCGAUGGGCUGCGCCGCUGCUUCUCUGACCCCACCCAACGUGAGCGCCGCGUCUCUGGACGGCGACGCUUUGAGACCCGUUCCUGUCGGGAGUAACUCUGCCCUCAAUCCCUCGUCUAACUCAGCUCUUGCCUGCAGACUGGACAAGGAUGUGAAGAGAGAAAAGAAGAGUCUUCUGAAGCUGUUGUCCUCCAACAAGAAGAAGUCUCGUCCUUCGCCCCCGUCCUCUCCCACCCUUGAAGCUGAGCAAGCUGCGGCUGGAGAGGUGCUGUACGGCGCGGUGGGUCCCGACACCUCCCCUCCCUCAACCUCAGCCAGCUGCCUCGAGCCUGAACCUGCUGCCGUUGCUUCGUCAUCAUCCUCGUCCUCCUCCUCCAUGCCGGAGUCGUCCCACCGGAGGAGCGGCCCUCUCGACGGAUGCGCCCCCAUCGCUCCGCCCCCUCGGCAGCCCUGCUCCUCUCUUCUGUCACAGCAACAUGACGCACGUCCCAUCAUAUGCGAGAGGUACAGGGUGGUGGUGUCGUAUCCCCCGCAGAGCGAGGCCGAGCUGGAACUGAAGGAGGGAGACAUUGUGUUUGUUCACAGGAAGAGGGAGGACGGCUGGUUCAAAGGCACGCUGCAGAGGAACGGCAGGACCGGCCUGUUCCCCGGCAGCUUUGUGGACAGCAUCUAACCAGAGACGCUCGGGCUCGGCGUGAACGCUGCUGAGAGAACCGCCCCAACAACACUUGAAGUUAAAAUCACUCGGAGCUGGGGGAGAGAAAUACAUUUUGUUUUCAUAAAAAAGCACAGCGAACGACGGAGUUAGGUGGAGAAAAUAGCACACUACUCAUAAACCUUUCUGUUUUUUUCUUGGUUAUUUAUAUAUUUGUAACAAUUCAGCUGUAAAAUGGGUGCCUUGUACUGUUCCUCACUUUAUCGUACAUAAGGACACAACCAAAACCGGUUCUGGAACGACCCAUAUGAAAUAUUCAUCCGAUUGUUUCACUUUUUAACUUAUUUCAUGUUGACGUUUUAUGAAGCUACACAUCGAGAGAUUGAAGGGAUAGUUCUGGAGUUGUAAAGUUACCAGCAGUAAACAUCUUACAUGCAGCGAUUAACUCCUUUAGGUGUCUUCAGUCAGGAUAAAUCCAGAUUAGCUGAAGUCCAACAGGGCCCAAAACCAAAGUAGAUUUAAAACGACUGGUCUCAAAACAACAAAGCAGCUUUUAUGAACUCCUCUAAUUUAUUUUUUUUGCAAGGACUUUUAAGCUGUUGUCACAUUUAAAUCAGCCAAUUAUUUCCACUAAAUCCAAUGACUAUUUAUACAAGAAAUGGAAGUAGUAGGUGGUGCGCCAGUGGCAGUGCUCCUGUGUGAAACAGGAAAGUAACUAGUGAUGUAUUUCUGCUCUUAUAUAAAAGUAAAGCAGUGUAAAAAGCAAAUAUAGUCCAGCUGAAAGUGGAUACUUUUAUUGGGGUGUUUUUUUUAACGCUACAGGACUUUUCUAUAAAUUAGUCACUCUGACGUGGCGACCGACCCACUGCCUCAGUUUCCUGUGUAAUUAAACAACGGAAGAUGGUUUGCAAAAAAUAAAAAUGUUACAGCGCUGCUUAAAUUGGAGUUAUUUUAACACUAAGAAGUCCGUUUUGGUCUUGGACUAGCCGUUAGCUUCAGCCUCCAGGAUCAGUUAUUGUGGAUUUAUACUUAAUGAAGAUGCUAACAGUUAGCUUCCACCUGUAAGAUGCUAUCUGUCAUAAAAGCUUGUUAAUCAUAGUUUUCUUAUAGAUGUUAAAAUUUGGAAAUGGUUUCUUUUAUGUUUCAGUUCUGGAUAAAUUUAGAACAAAACUAAAAUAAAAUAAUCUUAAAAAAAACAAACAAACAGGAACUCUGUUCAAUACACCUGGAAAACCCCUGAACUAUCCCUUUAAGUAGUGCACUCGCCUCAUGUCAUAGCUGACCCUGUUCGCAGAGCUUCUAUUGGCCUGCUGGUAAAGGUUUUAUCAAUGUUUCAAGCUAUCAGCAGGGAGACGGAGCUGACCGGAACAAACGAGGCGCUGCACCGCAAGAAAAACAACAAAACCGAAUCCUCCGCUGCUCCCAUUACCUGAACAAGAGGAGUAGAAGUGAGAUCUGCUGUAUUGCACAUGUGAAUCCUCAAAGCUCAAAUUUGUGAAUGCUGCACAUGACUAAAUAUUUCUGUGCCAUUGGGCAGAUUUUCUUUAUUUUUUUUAUUUCUAUGACUAUUUUUUGUCCUUUCCUGAGGUGAGGUAGAGGUUGCUGUUUCAGACUUUUACCUUCAAAGAUCAAAAUAUUUGCAUGUCGUUAGUAAAGCCACCGCCUGGACGGAAAGUGAGGAUGUAAACGUCUUAAAAAUUUACACUCCAGAUUAACUUUUUUUGCAGUCGAAAGUAGUUUUUGUACGUUUUGGUUAAUAUAUUCACUGACCAGAGUAGCUGCUCUCCUGACCCCCCGACAGUAGCCGAACCCAGACAGAGCUCUGCAUCACUAGAGCCACAUUACAUUUCAGAAACAAAGCAGAUUGUUUUUGUAUAUUUAUCUCUGCGAGGCAUUUCAGAGGCCGAUACCUGCUGCUGGUAGAGCUCAAGACUGACCCGACACAGUAACCCUUCACUGGGAUGUCUGUUUUUAAACACUAAUAACUCUUUCCUAAUGUGACUUGUGGCAAUAAAGCACACUGCUGACCGAAGCGCAGACUGUUUGCCUAAAGUAGCACGACGUAUCCCUCCACAGGAAGAGGCGUGUUGUGCGAUUCUGUGGAAUCUCAGAUUUUUAUCGAAAUCAAUCACUUUGAGCCCUUUAUUUAAUUUUUUUUUUUUUUUUUUUCCGUUUUAAAUGUGAUACAGACUUGAAUUCCUUUUAAUAUGUUGUGAUUUGAGGGGCUUGUGUCACAUUUGUGGCUUGUUGAGCAUGAAAUGAAAUGAAAUUAGCUGGGUUAGACUGACUACUGUGCUGCAGCAGGAGGAAACAUUUCUCUAAAAUCAUCAUCAAGUACAUGCAGUCCUUCAUGUUAUCGCAGACCAACUGACACGGUUAGUGCAAUUUGACCUUUUCACGUCGUCUUCGUCUGAAGCCUGUUCAGAUUUUAACGUUGACUUGGGCCAACUCUGGCUUUUAGAAUCGGGACCCAGAAUUUCAAGCACACGUUUUCAAUGUUUUUUUUUUUGUUGUUUUUUUUUUUUGUCUUAUUUUGCCUUUUGUUGUUCGUUAAGGGGGACCACUGUGUGACUGACUGCUGGAAUAUGUUAUAAUUUGUCUCAUAUGUGGAGAACGAUGGUACACGUCACUGUCCAGGUCUUGUUUUUCUUUUUGUUUUUGUUUUUUUGUCCUUUUUAAGUAGAAUGAAUCUGAUGUCUUGGCAAUCACACCAACCUCAGACUAUUUGCUCAAAACUCUCCUCUCAUUUCACCAGUUAGCCUUUCAUCUUUACCCAAAAAGGCAUAAAUGCACAAAUCUCUACUGACGUACGCACUGUCACGGCAUUGCUAAUUUCACCAACACCUGGUUGUCGUCUCAUGCAUAUGCUGCACAGUUUGCAAACAUGAAGUGCUUCUUGAAGUGACUUUCAAGUCUGUUCAUUCGUUUCUGAGCAUCAGCAAACAAUGUUUGCCUCAUCCAGUCUAACAUGUUGUCUAUACGCCAAGGUGACUUACUUGAUUUUUUUUUUUUUUUUUUGUCUUAAUUAGUCUGUUUUAUGCCUAAAACUAGUAAAACUGAAAUCUAAUUAUUUGGCACAUCAUGUCUGUUAUGUGAAAAUAAAAAAAAUAUUCUGAA